AAAAUCUAAAUUCAGCUCCUCUGCGACCGGAAAGGUCACACUUCAAAAUAAGACACCCCGGGAAGGUGCAAGAAGCCUGCCUGAAUCCAGGCGUACGCCGGCGAGCGGAUGCCGCGGGCUGGCCUCUCCUUCCCAGGCAGGCGCCGCCCCUCCCCCGCCGCAGCCACACCCAGGGCUCCCCGGGGAGGGGGCCGGGUGAUGCUCCCCGCUUCCCACCGCGACCACAUCUGCCCACCCACCGCCCGCGCGACAGCGGGAGCGGAGCGAUGGAGGCCUCCUGGCUGGAGACUCGCUGGGCGCGGCCCCUGCACUUGGCCUUGGUGUUCUGCCUGGCGCUGGCGCUGAUGCAGGCCUUCAAGCUCUACCUGCGGAGGCGCCGGCUGCUGCGAGACCUGAGCCCCUUCCCGGGGCCGCCCGCCCACUGGCUCCUGGGACACCAGAAGUUUCUUCAGGAGGAUAAUAUGGAGAAGCUUGAUGAGAUUGUCAGAACAUACCCUUGUGCCUUCCCCUGCUGGGUAGGGCCCUUCCAGGCAUUUUUCUACAUCUAUGACCCAGACUAUGCAAAGAUAUUUCUGAGCAGAACAGACCCAAAGACCCAGUAUGUGCACCAGUUCAUGACUCCAUGUAUUGGAAGAGGACUCCUGAACCUAGAUGGGCCCCGGUGGUUCCAACACCGCUGCCUCCUAACCCCUGCAUUCCAUCAGGACAUGCUGAAACCGUGCGUGGACAUGAUGGCCCACUCUGUGAACACGAUGCUGGAUAAAUGGGAGAAGAUGUGGACCACUCAGGAAACAACCAUGGAGGUUUUUGAACACAUCAACUUGAUGGCCCUGGACAUAAUUAUGAAAUGUGCUUUUGGCCAGGAGACCAACUGCCAGAUCAACGGCACCUAUGAGCCUUAUGUGAAGGCAACAUUUGAACUUGGUGAAAUCGUAUCCUCUCACUUGUACAAUUUCUGGCAUCACCAUGACAUAAUUUUCAAAUUCAGCUCUAAGGGCCACUCUUUCCAGGAGUUAGGCAAAGUGAUACAUCAAUACACAGAAAAGAUAAUCCAGGACAGAAAGAAACUCCUCAAGGAUGGAGUAAAGCAGGAUGACUCUCAAAAGUCUCAAAAUUUUCUGGAUAUUGUACUUUCUGCCCAGGCUGAAGAUGAGAGAGCCUUCUCAGAUGCUGACCUGCGGUCUGAGGUGAAUACCUUCAUGUGGGCUGGACAUGACGCUUCUGCAGCCAGCAUCUCCUGGCUCCUCUACUGCCUGGCUCUGAACCCUGAGCAUCAAGACAGAUGCCGGACAGAAAUCAGGAGCAUCCUGGGAGAUGGGUCUUCCAUCACCUGGGACAGACUGGAUGAGAUGUCAUAUACCACGAUGUGCAUCAAGGAAACUCUCCGACUGAUCCCUCCCACCCCAUCUAUCUCCCGAGAACUCAACAAGCCCCUCACCCUCCCGGAUGGACGCUCACUGCCGGCAGGAAUGACUGUGGUUCUUAGUAUUUGGGGUCUCCACCACAACCCUACUGUCUGGAAAGACCCAAAGGUCUUUGACCCCUUGAGAUUCACCAAGGAGAAUUCUGAUCAGAGACACCCCUGUGCUUUCCUACCGUUCUCCAGUGGUCCAAGGAACUGCAUCGGGCAACAGUUUGCCAUGCUGGAGUUAAAGGUGUCCAUCGCCUUGAUUCUGCUCCGCUUCCAAGUAGCUCCAGACCUCACCAGGCCUCCUGUCUUCUCCAGCCACAGUGUCCUCAGACCCAAGCAUGGAAUCUAUUUGCACCUGAAGAAACUCCCUGAAUGUUAGAAACAGGGGGACAAUGGCUAACUUUCUUUUUGUUGCUAAAUUCACAGCCAACGGUCCAGGCAAACAGAGAGGACUCUAAGUCUGGUGGGAGAGUGGGAGGACAGCGGGUUGAGGAUCUCUACAGCUGCACAUUACCCAAAGACAUUUUCAGGUAGCGCAGGUGACUCCGAUGUGUCUGACUCGGAGAUAUUUUCUAAUGGUUAUUACCAAGCCUAUCACCAGGUGACUUCCACAUAUUUUUUGUUUUUAUAAAGAUUUUAGAAUUAUACAAGUAACAGGAGAAUGGAUGUGUGCUGAAUGCAAAACUUUUCCAGCACUAGAAGAUGUGGAUAAAAUUCCACCUCACCUGAGCCACGGCCCUGACAGGGCCUACUGCUUUUCCGAAAAACAGAGUAAUUUGAUGUGUAUUAUUUCUGACCUUUUCCUGCAUAUGUCAUAUGUAAAUGUCUCUGUGUGUUCUUAGACAUGCAAUCAUAUCUGCGUUAGUCUUGCUUUUUCUCACUUAAUUAAAAAAAAAUCCAACCUAA